ACAACUUUGGCCAUCUAUUUGAUCUUUCUCAAACACGAAAGCCAUACCAGUUUGAAUUCCUCAAGUGACUUCCAGAAACUUGUCACUGUCUUCAUUCAUGGUCAGCUUUGCCGGCAACCACCGAAUCUGGGACGGCGGUUCCGGCCAGGCGAUAGGAGACAUUGGUACCGGCGGCAGGGGGAGGCAAUACCGCCGUCCAGUUUUCAAUAUCUACGGAAAUAUGAUUAGAUUAGGGGAGAAAUAGGGAGAUUUGAUGGAAGGGAUUUGAAAUGACAUGUAGCUAGAGUGAAUUUGAAAUUAUCGAUUUCAACACGUGAAAUUUCUCCUGUGGCUUGAAAGAUUUAAAAUUCAACCAAAUCUCUUCACCUGUUCGGAUAAAUUGUGAGAGAUUUGGAUUUGAAAAUUCAGUAAUGGCAGCAGGUGUUCCAUUACUGAAUCUAAACCCAAUUUGUGACAAAAUCUCAGCCACAAAUUGCUAUCAAAUCCCAUCUUGGGUUUCUCUAAGACCCAGCAAUGCCCCACUCCAACAUCAAUAUAGCCCCGCCCAAAUUCAACCAGCUACUGCAGGAAAGCUCGAAAACAUUCACUUGAUUUCGCUCUCAAAACAGGGUAAGCUCAAUGAAGCCCACCAGUUCCUCCAGGAAAUGGACUCUGCUGGCGUUUCAGUCGCACCCAAAACCUAUCAACAUUUGCUUCGAACGUGUGCAAAGUUAAAAUCUUUGAGCGAUGGGAAACUGUUUCAUAACAGGAUACAGAGGAAUUUCGAUAAUCCACCUGGGUUUCUUCAGAAUUCUGUUAUCGAGAUGUAUUUUGAGUGCGGGAACAUUUGGGAUGCUCAGAAAUUGUUUGACGAAUUGCCGGAAAAAAGUCCAGGAAGCUGGGAGACCGUCAUAUCUGCUUAUGCUGAUAAGGGUUGGAUAGGAAAAGCACUAGAAAUGUUUUCGAGAAUGAUGGGCGCAGGAAUCAAUGGUGGACCUUUAAUUUGCAAAUGCCUUUUCAGAGCUUUGUCAGAUUUAGAGCUUGGGAAGCAGAUACACUGUCUUGUGGUAAAGUCAGGCUUUGAUGAAAAUGUGUCCAUGAACACUGCUUUCUGCAAUAUGUAUGUAAAAUGUGGGUGUUUAGAGAGUGCCCAAUGGGCUUUUGAUAAGAUGGUUGAAAAGAAUGUGGUGACGUGGACUGGAUUGAUGGUGGGAUUUACUCAGGCUGAGAGGCAACAUGAUGCCCUGAGACUUUUUGAUGUGAUGCUGAGGGAAGGCGUUGAGUUGGAUGAGUUUGUGUUCUCAAUCAUUCUCAAGGCGUGUACUGGAUUGGUGGAUGUUGGCACGGGGCAGCAAGUCCAUGGUUUGGUUGUGAAACUUGGAUUGGAGAGUGAGGUUUCAGUGGGUACCCCUCUUGUGGAUUUUUAUGUCAAGUGUGCAAAUUUGGAUUGUGCCGUUCAAGCAUUUGAGAAGAUAUCUGAACCAAAUGAUGUUACAUGGAGUGCCAUGAUUGCCGGCUAUUCCCAAGGUGGUGAAUUCGGGAAGUGCUUUAGAGUCUUUAGGUCUUUGAGGAGUCAAGCUGGUGCUUUGAAUGAAUACAUAUACACUAGCAUCUUUCAGGCAUGCGCUGCACUUGCAGACUUGAAUCUUGGAACUCAAGCUCAUGGAGAUGCAAUUAAACGAGGUCUGAUUUCCUAUCUUCACGGCAAAAGCACAAUUAUUUCCAUGUAUGCAAAAUGUGGUCAACUGGAUUGUGCAUUUAGGGUAUUUGAAUCAAUCAGUGAUCCCGAUACUGUGGCCUGGACUUCUAUGAUUGCUGCUUGUGCUUAUCAUGGCAAUGCUCCUGAAGCUCUAAAUCUUUUUGGGAGGAUGCAGGCUUCUGCCGUGAGGCCUAAUUCAGUUACCUUUGUAGCAAUUCUUACAGCGUGUAGCCAUUGUGGAUUGGUCGAAGAAGCCAAGCGGUACAUGGACUCAAUGAGCAGUGAGUAUGGCGUUGACCCGACCAUUGACCAUUAUGAUUGUAUGAUUGAUAUACUUGCUCGAGCAGGGCAACUGAGUGAGGCACUGGCCUUGAUAGAAGCGAUGCCAUUUGAACCUGAUGCUAUGAGUUGGAAAAGUUUAUUGGGUGGAUGCUCAAUCUACCGGAAUUUUGAGCUUGGAAAAGUUGCAGCUGAAAAACUGCUUCAGCUGGACCCCCAUGACACUGCUGCAUACAUACUCAUGUUUAAUUUACAUGCUUCGCGUGGGGAAUGGGAUGAAGCUGCAUUUGUAAGACGGACGAUGGCCGAGAGGGAUCUGAAAAAGGAGGUCAGCUGCAGCUGGAUUACAAUCAGGGGCAAAGUGCAUCGCUUUAUUGUGGGUGAUAGGCACCACCCUCAAACAGAAGAGAUAUACCAAAAGUUACGAGAACUAAAAUUUAGCUAUGAAGAUUCUGUCUUUACUAUUGAAGAAGCUGCAUCCAACAAUUUGGUGGAACGAAAGGAACAGCUUCUUGAUCACAGCGAGAGACUUGCAAUCGCUUUUGGGCUAAUUUCAACUCCAAAUAAUGCUUCUAUUUUGGUGUUCAAAAAUAUCCGUGCUUGUAGAGACUGUCACGAUUUUGCUAAACAUGUAUCAUUAGUUACGGGGCGUGAAAUUAUUGUUAGAGAUGCCAGCAGAUUUCAUCACUUCAGAUGUGGGGAAUGUUCUUGUCGUGAUUAUUGGUGAACUUUAGGACUGCUGAAGUUUCACCCUUUAGCACCAGCAGGCUUACACAUAAUUUCCUCCCCUGUAAAUUGUCACUCCCUGCUUUUAGUCCAGACCCUCUCUCUCCCCCAGUAUAUACAGAUAUACAAAGUUACACGCCUUCUGGAAUUC